AUGCAAAGCCUUUGGCUUUCUUAUGUCGCUCCUCAUAGCCCUGAACUUCUUCAACUGUCAUCGAAACAAUUAGCCAAAAAGAAGAUUUGUAUCAGGCAUUUCGAACAUCAAUAUCUUGACGGCUUCACGAGGAAAUACCAUGGUUAUCCUACUCUACUGACUGAAGAAGAAAUAGCUUGUGGAGUACCCAUUAAUUUAGAUGAUUCACAAAAUAGUAAAAGAGAAAAUACUGGAGAGACUUCUGUGUCAGAUGACAUCACCAUGUUGUCAAAGCCAUCAACUUCCCAGCAAAGUUAUUACAUCUCCAUGUCGCCAAAACCAUCAACUUCUCAGCAAAGUUAUGAUGUCCCCAUUUCACCAAAGCCAUCGACAAUUCAACACAGUGAUAAAAACAAAUGUAUUAAGCUUGUAAAAAGUAGACCUCGACUUGUAACCAAUAUUAACAACUUAACUCCAAGAUGUCGAAGGUUGUACUUUAAGUGUAAAGAUAUGAUUAAAAGAAAGAGAUUGUUUACAAGUAAUGAAGAUAACAAACAAAACAUUGCUCAUGCAGAAAUUCUUAGCAAUACCAAAAGUUUUAGAAAAUUAAUAGAAAAGUUAGAUUUCUUCCCAAAACAGUUUAUAGCAUUGCAGCUGAGGUUUGCUGGUAAAGCUUCAAAAGGAAGAAGCAUUGUUUUUGAUGAAGUUCAGUUAUCUGCACAUUUGAAUUUUGUUGCAAGCAAUGAUGAAAUUGAGGGGUUUGUAAAAGCAGAUGGGCCCCCAAAAUUUGCUGACCAUGCUUUGGUAGUGAUGCUCAGAGGUAUUUGUGCAUCAUGGCGACAACCAGUCGCUUACUAUUUUUGCCAAGGAACUACACCAGCAGCUACUUUGAAACAUAUCUUAAAGGAUAUGGUUAAGAUAGUAAUCGAAUCUGGAUUAAAGCCUUUAGCCUUCAUUUGUGACCAGGGAGCUACAUCACAGCGUGCUCUUAAAGAUCUUCAAGAAGAGACUAAGAGACACUGUUUUCAAAAUAAUAUAAAAUUUGGUAAGCUUAAAAAAUAA